GACGUUCACCCCCCUCUGCGUCGCCUUUCUAAAUCAGCAACAAUCUCACUCAACGACUUGCAAACUGUGGCGGGUAGCCCGGAGAUGACAGCGUCUUGCUCUUCCCAGUCUGCUGGAUGCGUAUGAGAUAUAAGACACCAUGAGCGGGAGAAUUCUCUCCCAUCGUCUUGUUCCGCUAUUGCGGACGGGUCUUUUGGCCCGCCAUGUUCACAACGCUGGUGCGAGAACUGGUGGGCUCCUACGAGCGGAAAGCGGCACUGCGCUACGUGGUCGGGCAUGGCCUGUAGGGGCGAAUGCCAUCCAUAAUAACGUUCCCGCCGUGCGGGCGAUAUCCUUUGCCCGCAUACUCCCUAAACUUGCCUUGAAGCUCAUCAGAGUACCCGCAAUGUUUGGGGGGGCUAUGGUGGCGGCCCUGGCAUAUUUCCAGUAUCAAGCUACACAGGCGGGAAAUUAUGCGAUGGAUGUUUUGAAGCGUGCGGGGGAAACUGCAAGCGGUGCCGCCUCGAGUUUAUUCCAGGAAAUUCAGAACGUGGCCGAUCAAACACAGCGAGGCUGGCAGAGGACGACGGGGGAUGUGGAAAUUCCAGAAUGGUUGCAGAAAAUACUACGAUUCGACCAAGAUUCCCAGGGCGAUGGAUCUUCUGGUGGAGGACAGGCCCCCAAGGAGAGUCGAGCAGGCACUACUGCUGCUACUGGUGCUGCCGUCGGAUCCGCCUACGGAUAUGAUCAGUUGGAGGAAGAUGCUGGCCGAGAUGGCGCCGAGAACGACCAGAUGAUGGUUCUCACUCGCAAGAUGAUCGAGAUCCGAAACAUCCUUCAGUCAGUCGGGCAGUCCAACACGCUGACUCUACCUUCCAUUGUGGUCAUUGGCUCGCAGUCAUCUGGUAAAAGCUCUGUUCUUGAGGCUAUUGUUGGACAUGAAUUUUUACCAAAAGGCUCUAAUAUGGUCACCCGACGCCCAAUUGAACUCACCCUUGUUAACACACCCAACGCCCAAGCAGAAUACGGAGAAUUCCCGGCGCUUGGCCUAGGGAAAAUCACUGAUUUCUCCCAAAUUCAACGGACACUGACGGACCUUAACCUGGCAGUCCCCGAGAAGGACUGCGUCUCUGAUGACCCGAUUCAGCUAUCUAUUUACUCACCCAACGUCCCCGACCUCUCCCUCAUUGAUCUUCCAGGCUAUAUCCAGAUUGCCGGUCAUGAUCAACCCCCCGAGUUGAAGCAGAAAAUAUCCGACCUUUGCGACAAGUAUAUUCAAGCACCAAAUGUCAUUCUUGCCAUUUCCGCAGCCGACGUCGAUCUGGCCAACUCAACCGCUCUACGCGCAAGCCGCAGGGUCGAUCCCAGAGGCGAAAGGACAAUAGGCGUCAUUACAAAGCUGGACCUUGUCGAUCCAGAGAGGGGCUAUGGCAUUCUCUCAGACAAGAAAUACCCUCUUCGUCUUGGUUACGUGGGUGUCGUUUCUCGCAUUCCCCAAACGACGGCAUUGUUUUCUCGCGGUAGUGGUAAUAUCACAAGCUCAAUUCUGAAGAACGAACACGCCUAUUUCUCAGCUCAUCCAUCCGAAUUUGGCCCCGAAUCAGGCGUUUCAGUUGGUGUUGGGGUUCUGCAGAAGAAGCUGAUGCAGGUUCUUGAGCAAACCAUGGCGUCGAGCCUAGCCGGUACUAGGGACUCUAUCAGCCAAGAACUGGAAGAAGCGACGUACGAGUUCAAGGUUCAAUACAACGAUCGACCUCUCAGUGCGGAGUCAUAUCUCGCCGAAAGUCUUGAUAGCUUCAAACAUUCUUUUAAAGCGUUUGCGGAAGGCUUUGGUCGACCGCAGGUCCGUGAAAUGCUCAAGAGUGAAUUGGAUCAGCGCGUAUUGGAUAUUUUGGCACAGAGAUUUUGGAACCGGCCGAUUGAUGACCUUAAUCCCCCAAUGGCAGAAUUGGAUCCGCUCAGUGACCUCCCCAAAGCUGACCCUGAGUCUCUGUACUGGCAUCGGAAGCUUGAUGCUUCCACUUCCUCCCUCACAAAAUUGGGAAUUGGCAGGCUGGCCACAACAGUUGUUGCAAACGCAAUACAAAACCAUGUCGACCGGUUACUAACCAAUUCAACUUUUGCCUCUCACCCCUACGCUCAAAAGCAGAUUGUUGAUGCGUGUACAAGCAUUCUAAAUGAUCGGUUCUUCAGUACCAGCGAUCAGGUCGAGAACUGUAUCAAACCCUACAAGUUUGAGAUUGAAGUCGAGGAUUCUGAGUGGGUCAAGGGGCGUGAGAACGUUAGCCGGGUUCUGAAGGAUGAGCUCAAAGCAUGUGAAGCGGCCCUCAAGCGUGCAGAGGAUAGUGUUGGAAAGAGGAAGCUCCGGGAUGUUAUGUCAUUUAUCGACAAAGUCCGCAAGGGAGAAGUCGUUUUGGAAGGAGACGGUACCGGAGGUGCAGGCGGAUUCAGUGCCGCUCUGCUGGCGAAAGGCCGAGAGAGCGCCUUCCUCCGCGACCGCGCCGAUAUCAUCAAGAUGAGACUCCUAGCCGUUCGCUCGAAACAGUGUGCCUCCAAGAAAAACAAAUACUACUGCCCCGAAGUCUUUCUCGAUGUCGUCGCGGACAAACUCACCUCAACUGCCGUGCUUUUCCUUAAUGUUGAGCUGCUCUCCGAAUUCUAUUACAACUUCCCGCGCGAGCUGGAUAUGCGCCUUGGCCGCCACCUUUCUGACGCAGAAGUCGAACGAUUCGCGCGUGAAGAUCCCCGCAUCCGCAGGCAUCUCGACGUCAUCAAGAAGAAGGAGCUUCUGGAACUCGCUCUCCAGAAGAUUGAGAGCAUCCGGCAACUGGAUGGUCGUGGCAAGCGGCAUGACCGACCGAUAAAGGAGCAGAGAAGUCGUGCUUGGAACAUAUUCUAAUUAUACUAUCCUCAUCCCCAAUUUUCCUCUUCUUUUCUCACUACACUAUCCUUUAUUGCACUUCUUUUUUUUUUUUCUUCUCUUGUUUUCGAUUUACCUAUAUUCCCCCCUUCUGCUCUGUUCCCCUCUCUGUAUACGACAUCCCGGAUCUGAGAAUACAUUGUUUAUAGCCCUCCUCCGCAAACCCC